AAAAGAGUCAUUGCUGGAAAGCAUCAUAUUAUUUCUUCAUUUGACAUUGUUCACUCACGGCAACAUCCUGAUGAGGACAAUAUAAAGCUGCUCUGCUUCCUGCUUCAAUUCUCAUCACCUUCGUGCUACUCUUUACUCCCCUGCAAUUGCACCACCACACAAACCAGCACAAUGCCCUCAGUGUCAGAGGCCAUCGCCACUCGCCCGACUCAAUCCGUCGCCCAUUCCUUGGACCCAAUUGCUCCCGAUGAGAUCUUCGCUUUGAACGGCGCCUACGCCAAAGAUCCUAAUCCUCACAAGGUCAACCUGGGUGUGGGUGUCUACCGAACCGACGAUGGCAAGCCCUGGCCUCUCCCCGUCGUCCAGAAAGCCGAGAAACAGCUCCUGGCGGAAAACGACAUCUUCCGCCAUGAAUAUUCCGCCAUCGAAGGAGACGUUGCCUUUCUUGAGGUCGCGCGCAAUCUGAUGUUCGGUUUUACUGAGAAUGGCUCCCCAGAAUCCAAGGGCCGAAUCGCCUCGGUGCAGACUGUCGCCGGCACCGGCGCCAACCACAUCGGCGCUCUGUUCCUCAAGACUCAUGCGAAGCCAAAGCACGUCUGGCUGUCCAAUCCGUCCUGGUCCAACCAUAUGACCAUCUGGGAACUCGCGGGUGUCGAUAUCAAGACCUACCCUUACUAUGACGCGGCCAAUCGCUCCCUGGACUUCAAUGGCAUGAUGGCUACCCUCGAGGCCGAAGCUGAGCCCGGCGAUGUGAUCCUCCUGCACGCCUGCGCCCACAAUCCUACCGGCCUCGAUCCCGACCGCGAUCAAUGGGCUGCAAUCGCUGACCUCUGUGAGAAGAAGCGCCUGUUCCCCUUCUUUGACUCGGCCUACCAGGGUUUUGCCUCCGGUUCCGCCGACGAUGACGCGUGGGCGGUGCGCUAUUUCUUCCACAACAAGUCGAACAUGGAGAUCUGCGUUGCGCAGAGCUUCUCCAAGAAUUUCGGUCUCUAUGGCCAGCGCACCGGCGCCUUUCACUUCGUCAUGACCACCAGCUCUCCCCAGGUUAGGGAAUGCGUCGUCAACAACCUCUGUCACUUCAUUCGUGGUGAAUACUCCAUGGGCCCACGCAUCGGCUGCACUCUCGUCAAGAAAAUCCUCAACGACCCCGAACUCGCCGCCGAGUGGCAUCAGGACCUUAAGGUCAUGAGUUCGCGCAUCAAGAACAUGCGAUCUGCGCUUCGCGACGAGCUAGUUCGGCUCCAGACUCCAGGAAGCUGGGAACACAUUGUUCGACAGAAUGGAAUGUUCUCAUACACCGGUUUGACCGCUUCCCAGGUCCAGGCUCUACGCGAGAAGUACCAUGUCUACCUGAUUGCAUCCGGCAGGGCAUCUGUCAGCGGCUUGAGCCAAAAUAAUGUUACCUACGUCGCUAAAGCGAUUGAUGACGUCGUCCGUAACGUUGCCUAGAUUUGAAUGGAACGGAGUGAAACGAAAUAAAAGCACCUCAGCUCAGCUCGAUAUGAUAUCAGUCUUUAUGGUCUCGGCGUUUGAACUUCUGGUUUGGGUUUUGUCUAUUGGUUACAGAACAUAAAUUAUUUUAGCAUUGGCUUUGGAAAGACAAAAACAAAGUCAGUCAUCAAGGUUAAUUUGGCUUGGUUAGCAUAGCAUUUGAAUGGAAGUCUGCCUUGCCUAUCCAUUGAUGUUGGUGUUUCAUUUGCAUUGCAAUUCGGGCUGUUAUUAUUCAUGGAGCAUGUAGCUAUUAUGCUACCUAGGAUAGGAAUGGAUCUAUGACACACCGCAGUGUACAUAUUCCUUCCAUUAUACAUAGAG